AUGUCGCUCUUUACCGCACAGCUUCAUCCCGGACGGGCUCUGGGGUUCUUCACCCUCGGCGCGUCCCUCCACGAUGUCCUGACCCGCGUCAAGGCCGAACCGCAAGCGUUCCCGAAGCUCGAGGUCCUCUACUCCCGCGACCAGCCCGUCACCGAGCCCGUAUGCGUCGUGCUGCCGCAGAACGGCAUCAGGCUGCGCUUCGACGGGCCCGAGCAGCGCCUGCGCCUCAUCGAGGUCAUCGACUUUACAAAGAGCCACAUCACCUUCAAGGACCGCGAUCUGGUACGGCCGGCCGGCACCGGCGCCGCCGCCGCUGCUGAGGUGCCCGGGGAGUCGUCGGCGGGGCCUACCUUUCGGCACAUCUACCAUCGACUACUAGGGCCGACGUACGCGGGCGAGUUCAUCCCCCCCGCGGGAUCAUCGUCGCAGGGCAACGGGACGUAUGUGCUGUCGUAUCCCGGCGUGGCGUUCAACUUUUCCGUGCCCACGUCGGCGUACUCCGCGGACAAGGACGUCGUCUCGCUGCUCUCCGCGUCGUCGUCACAGGUGGCGACCUCCAUGGCCGUCUUCAGCGGCAACUCUUGGGCAGAAGUCCGGCCGACGCUGUGGACGGAGGUGCUGCCGAGCGUCAAGGUGACGUCGACGACGCCUCGCGGCAAGGACGUGUACCCCGACGAGGUGUCCCUGGUGCGGCUGCACGGCGGAGGCAAGAUUCAGCUGUUUCGGAAAUGGACGCCCAACUCCUUCUGGAUCAUCCUGGGCGAGACGACGCCGCAGGACAUUGUGGCGGAGCUGGGCCCGCCGAAUGCGAUUUACCGCAAGAACGACCAGAAGAUGGUGAUUCACAAGAUGCGCGCCGCCAGCAGCAACGCGCAUGGGCGUCCGACCGUCAAGGACCUGGCAGGUCGGCCGGACGAGUCGACGGACACGGACCAGUCCUCCAUGCACACCGGGUCUGACGAGUCGGACAACGAGGCCGCGGUGGAAGACGAGGGCGGGGAGAAUGCGUCGGGGGAGUGCUUCUACAACUACUUUUACUUUGGCUUCGACAUCCUCAUGUCCACGCCCGCGCCGCCGUCGAUGCUGCCGCCGGGCGAGACGCAGGUGCCGGACGACGUGGGCAACGGCAUCAAGAACCACGCGCCCGACCGGCUGGUGGCGACGAAGCUGGUGCUCCACGGCAACAUCCCCGGCUCGUACGAGUUCAACCGGCACCGGCGCUGCCGCUGGGAGAUUAGCUACCUGGACGACUUGGUCGGGGACGGCGGGCACGUCGACUCGGAGAUGGAGUUUAAGGCGAUUGAGAGCCUGAUGCGGAGGAAGUGGGAGGGCGCGUAUCCCUCGGCGGCGGCGGGCGACAAGGCGCAGCAGCAGCAGCAGCAGCAGCAGCAGCAGCCGCGGCAAGGGGGUAUGGUCCUGAACCGCGGCUGGGGGGACAGCCCGGGCAGCAGCUGCGAGUUUUUGGGCGGCUGGGAGGAGAGCGGGGCGAGGAGGCCCGAGGCGAAUAACGGGGAUUCGACGACGACGCUGUAUGGCUUUCCGGGGAUGGUGUUUGAGGUUUUGAGGAAUGAUUAUGUCAAUACCGUCACGGUGUUUUGA